AUGAAGAGCUUGAAAGCCAAGUUCAGGAAGAGCGACACCAACGAGUGGAACAAGAACGAUGACCGGCUGCUGCAGGCCGUGGAGCACGGAGAUGCGGAGAAGGUGGCCUCGCUCCUGGGCAAGAAAGGGGCCAGCGCCACCAAACAGGACAGCGAGGGCAAGACCGCCUUUCAUCUCGCUGCUACGAAAGGACACGUGGAAUGUCUCAGGGUCAUGAUUACGCACGGCGUGGACGUGACAGCCCAAGAUCCUGCCGGACACAGCGCUCUGCACCUCGCAGCCAAGCACAGCCACCCUGAGUGCCUCCGGAAGCUCCUGCAGUCUAAGUGCCCCGCCGAGAACGUCGACAGCUCUGGGAAGACAGCGUUACAUUACGCAGCGGCGCAGGGCUGCCUUCAGGCUGUGCAGGUUCUGUGCGAGCACAAGAGCCCCGUGAACCUCAAGGAUCUGGAUGGGAACAUACCCCUGCUUCUCGCAGUGCAAAAUGGCCACAGUGAGGUCUGUCGCUUUCUUCUGGAUCAUGGUGCGGAUGCCAACUCCAGGGACAAGAAUGGAAGGACUGCUCUGAUGGUGGCCUGCGAGACGGGCAGCUCCAACGUCGUGGAGGCCUUAAUUAAAAAGGGUGCAGACCCAACCCUUGUGGAUUCUCUCGGACACAAUGCCUUACAUUAUUCCAAACUUUCAGAAAAUGCAGGAAUUCAAAGCCUUCUGUUAUCAAAAAUCUCUCAGGAUGCUGAUUUAAAGACACCAGCAAAACCAAAGCAGCUGAGUGACGUGUCCUCCCCGAGGUCAAUAACUUCAACACCAAUUUCUGGAAAGGAAUCAGCAUUUUUCGCUGAACCACCCUUCCAGGCCGAGAUCAGCUCCAUACGGGAGAACAAGGACAGACUGAGUGACAGCACUACAGGUGCUGAUAGCUUACUGGAUAUCAGUUCGGAAGCUGACCAACCAGAUAUUCUUGCCCUAUUACAAGCCAAAGUUGCAUCUCUAACUUUACACAAUAAGGAAUUACAAGAUAAGUUGCAGGCCAAAACCCCCAAAGAGGCAGAAGUAGACCUGAGCUGUGACUCUUUCCAUUCCACGCACACUGACCUGGCCCCGUCUCUCGGGAAACCUCGGGAACCCUCGCCCCCCAACUCCCCGAGGCAGCCCCCCGCCGAGGGCGAUGCCAGAGGCCAGCAGCUCCCAGAGGCGCUGCGGGACCUGCAGCAGCGGCUGGAGCGCUCCGAGGCCGAGAGGCGGCGGCUGCAGGCUGAGCUGCAGGCCCGGGGGCCGGAGCCCGGGCGCCUGAACGCCACCGAGGUGUCCGAGAACGGCUCGGACCUCAGCCAGAAGCUGAAGGAGACGCAGAGCAAGUACGAGGAGGCCAUGAAGGAGGUGCUGAGCGUGCAGAAGCAGAUGAAGCUGGGCCUCGUGGCGCCUGAGGGCGUGGAUUCGUACUCGCACGUCGGGGGGCUGAGGGUCACCGAGGAGGAGGUGCGGGCGCUGAAGCAGGAGCUGCAGGCCGCCCUGGAAGAAAGCGAGAGGAACAGGGAGAAAGUGAGAGCGCUGGAGGAGAAGCUGGCGGAGAGGGAGCAGGGGCUGGGGGGCCGGCCGUCUGCGGAGGAAUACGAGGCCAUGAAGAGUUCCUAUGGCUCCGUCAUUGAGACUCUGAAUAAGGAGAAAGCCCUUCUGCUCGAGAGAUACCAGGAGGCCCAGGAAGAGAUCUCGCAGCUGAGAGAUGCUCUGCAAGGUCCGACGGCCCAGGAGCCGGGCGACGACCCCGGGGACAUGAAGGAAGCCAUGCACAGAAUGAUCGACGAGCUCAACAAGCAGGUGAGCGAGCUGUCGCAGCUGUACAAGGAGGCGCAGGCCGAGCUGGAGGACUACCGCAAGAGGAAGUCCUUGGAGGACGUGUCUGCCGUCGAGUCUGUCCCCCGCGCCGAGCACGAGCAGCUGGUGCAGGCGGCCCGGCUGGCCAGGGCGCAGGCGGAGGAGGCGCUGGCCGAGGCCAAGGCCCAGCACGCCAGGGCACUGGGCGAGCUGGCCCAGCUCAGGCAGCUGGCCGACGCCCAGAAGGAGAACUCGGUGUCCAUCUCGGAGCACCUGCAGGUGGUCACCACGCUGCGCUCGGCCGCCAAGGAGCUGGAAGGCAGGCUCGACGGCCUCCAGGAGCAGCUGGCCAGCCGGGAGGCGGAGGUGGCCACGCUGGAGAAGCAGCUGGUGGAGGAGAAGGCGGCGCUGGCCGAGGCCAUGGUGCCCAGGCCCGCCUACGAGAAGCUCCAGGCGUCCCUGGAGGGCGAGGUGAGCGCGCUGGCCUCCAAGUGGAAGGAUGCCGUGAAGGAGAAGGAGAAGGCCCAGGCGGAGGCUGCCCAGCUCAGGGGUGUGGCCGUGCAGCUGAAGAGGGAGAAGGAGACGCUUCAGAACCUCCUGAGAGCCAGAGAGCAGGAGGCCGGGGAGCUCCUGCCGAGGCUGCAGCGGGCGCAGGAGGAGCUGGCGGAGCUGCGGCGGCACUCGGAGAGCACGUCCCGGCUGGAGGAGGACAAGGACAGGAAGAUCCACGAGAUGUCAAAGGAAGUCACCAAGCUGAAGGAGGCCCUGAACAGCCUCUCGCAGUUGUCCUACUCGGCCAGCUCCUCCAAGCGGCAGAGCCAGCAGCUGGACGGGCUGCAGCAGCAGGUCAAGCAGCUCCAGACCCAGCUGGCUGAGUGCAAGAAGCAGCACCAGGAGGUCAUAUCGGUUUACAGGAUGCAUCUUCUGUAUGCGGUGCAGGGCCAGAUGGAUGAAGAUGUCCAGAAAGUUCUGAAGCAGAUCCUCACCAUGUGCAAGACCCAGGCCCAGAAGAAGUAG